AUGGAAAGUGAAAUUUUGAUUUACUUAUUGUUCUCUCUUCUUUCAACCACUACUCAGAAUGUUGAACCUGGAAAUAAUACAGUAGAAGCGACUUCAUCAUCGUCAUCGCCAUCUUUGCAGCCAAUACAACUAAAAUCUAAUUCAGAACCAGGAACCACUCCACUAUCGUUUGAGCUAAGUUUUCCCAUCCAAAAAUUGGUGGAAACUAUUGCACCUCGAGAAAGGGGAUUCCCACUUCCUGAAAUUAAGAGAGCACGAGAGUUAGGUGCCCCAAAAUUUACAAUUGUCGAGCGAAAAUCUUCAUCAUCAAUGCCACCGUUUAUUACUGAAAUCGAUCACGGUGCAACUAUCGAAGUGCAGUCCGAAAAUCUCAACAGUCAAAACGAAGAAAAAAGAAAUAAUUAUAAAACGAAAGAAACAUCAAUUUCGGGCUUAACAGAAAUACCAGUAAUAAGUUUGUCAACAAUUAAUGGAGCUAAUGUCAUCGCUAAAAUGCCAGAACAAAUCGAAAACGAAGACAUCACAUUACCUCCAGAGAUCACAGCAGUGGAUCCGUUUGCAACAGCAAUUAGUAACGAAUCAACAAUUGUGGCAUCAUCGAUUUCACAACAAAAUGUAUUACAUAUGAUUCAAAACAAUUCCAGUUCGAAGAUAAAUUUGUUAGCUACUUCCAGUUUUCUGAAUAAUUCUGAUGGUAUAUCAAGUGGAACAGUGGAAUUGAAUCAGACAAAUGCGCUUGAUAGAGGUUUUAAUACCGAUGCUGUGGUCAGGAUAUUCAAUGCAACUUCAUCGUCAUUAAAACCUGAACAGGAAACGAUUAUUACCAAAACAACAGAUGGAACUACGAUGGCGUUAGAAGUGCAGAGGAUACCUGAAGAAGCAAAAGUUACUGUAACUGAGAAGGACAGGAAAAACACUACUUCCUAUACAACGACUAUGUUUAAAACUUUAAUUACGGAAACAACGCCAGAUAUCUUCCACACUACUGCGGCUAAUGUCGUCAUGUUAGUAGAGCAAACUACAGGAAUUCCAGUGUUGCAUCCGAUCACAACACGUAAAUUUAGUAGUAUAGGUACUGAUGAACAGUCACAAAUUGUAGACGAUGGAAACAUUGUUGUUGGCAUGUCUGGAAAAUACCAAACUUCUCCAGUAACUGAAUCGCCAUCAGUAACUUUGUCGGAAUUCGAUAUUCACUCAUCAUCCUUUCAAUCGUCAGCUGAUUCAUUUGUAACAGAGCCGUUAUCUAUCGAAAUAAAACAUCAAUCGGAAUUACCUAAAAUCUCUACCACAUCAGUUGAAUUGUCACCAACAAUAACAAAUGAAUUCAAUACAGCUAAGAGCCAAGAACAGGAUAAUGAACAUGAAGAUGAGAAUCUAUUUGUUGCGGACAAAACAUUAUUCAGUCAAGAUGGCGUCAUGAAAACAGAUUUCAAUGGCAUGCAUUCGGUUACCGGAUUCGUUACUCCAACUGAAGUGAAUUAA